UAUAGAGCUAUGGGGCUUUCAUUGCAACAUUUCUUUUCUUUUUUUUUAUUGAGGUUAAUUACAAGAUACAACAUACAUGCGAUUUUCCAAGAGGUAUGGAACUAGAAAAGAGAAAAUAUCAAGACAGGAGAAUGGUGACAUUUCAGCACAUGAAUGGACAUAUAAUUUCCGCAAAAAUCCUUUUUAAUUCUGCACCAUGAGAAUCAAAGAGAAUAUUGUCUUCCUAAACAUUAUUCAAGGUCUCCUUCUUGGAUCCCUUGGCCAGCAAUUGUUAUUUCACUUCCCCCAAGAAAUCAAAGCAUUAAAAGGGUCUUGUGUAGAGAUUCCUUGUACAUUUAACUAUACACCAAAUUCGGGACAUCCCAGUGUGAUAUGGUACCUCUAUGACAACCCUUAUUCUUCAGAAAUUUUCAACAGUAAAUAUACUCUAAGUGUCUCAAAAGAAUUCAGAGGCCGCACAUCUCUGGUGAGCAAUGCAAGAAACAGUUGUUCCCUGAGGAUAGACAGAGUGACAAGGGAAGACUGGCGCUAUUAUUAUCCGGGUAUAAGUCCAGAAAUAAAUUCAUAUAUCAAGCAAUCUAAAACAAUCCUGCUGGAUGUUAAAGAUUCUUCGGAUAUACCAAAGCUUACAUUGUUAGGAGACGUAAUUGAAGGAAAUUCCAUCACUGUGUCAUGUUCUGCUAACCACACGUGUCAAUCAAGCCCUCCUGAUAUUACAUGGAACAAGGAUAGUAAACUUAUAGAUGUACAUCACAAAGACCUUGGGGAUGGGGAAUGGAGAGUUGUAUCAGUAUUAACAUAUCAUCUCUCAUAUUUGGAUCAAGGAAAACAACUACGGUGCACAGUUAAAUAUCCAAAUGGACAAAUAUACAACCAAGCCGUAACACUGAACAUUACAUCAGGAUCCCAGUAUUCCAGAAAACAUCUCUACUUUCUAGUGCCUGUAAUCAUAUGCUUUGUUCUGGUUUUACCAAUCAUCUACUACUUUUGGAGAAAAAGAAAAUCUCAAAGCGAAUCUAGUGUUAAAGAAAAUGAGAAUUUCCAAACCAAUGAUGGCAAUUACACAGAUCUUCUAAGGUGUGAAAUUUCUGCAGGAUAUGAACAAUUAAAGCCAGGAACUAAUCCACAUGCAAAUAGAAAUCGAGAAACUCUGGAGUAUGAAAACAUUCAGAGUCAGAUGUAAAGAAUGUUGCCAUAAAUAUCUUAAACAUAUUAAAAAAAAACUUGAUCUCUGUUUUUUCACUCUUUACAAACAUUUUAUAUAAAUAAAUUGUCAUGUUUAGAAUCUUCCAUUGUAUUUACAUGUAUAUGAGCUAUAGGUUAUGGCCACUCUAGGGAUGGGCGACUGUUUUUAAACAUUCAAAAAAUGGAUUGGAUUUUAACACAUUUGAUCAUUUGUUUCUAAUUUUAAAUGUUUGUACACAUUCUAUCAUAUAUUUCUUAUACUUUCUGUAAAGGACCACGCAAUGCAGUAGAAUUGCAUAAACAAGUGCAUAAUAAAAAGACAAUUAUUUAACACCUA